AUGCCCCCAGCAUCGAGGGAAAAGAAGCCGUCUCGAAUCACAAUUGCCUGCAACGCAUGUCGCUCUCGAAAGCAAAAGCAUGGAUCUAAGCUCACUCUGUUUAGAGGUCCCGCAAAAGGCUAUAUCGAAGCCUUGGAGCAUCGUCUACACGAAACUGAAAGCGUGUUGCUGAAACUGCUGUCACGCUUAUCCGAUGAUCAGCUAUCAUCUACCUUAUCGCCACCAAAAAGAACAAGUCGCAGCAAUAUAGAUCUAGCGUACACCCCCUUCUCACGCCUAGGCAAACAAGAUGCAGGGUUCUGGAAGAAGUUCCCUCUCGACACACCUGAAAAUAUCCGGGAAUGGCAGCGAGAUUGUCUGGAUAGUGAAGGAUCAGAUUCAACCGGCCGUGAAAUGAACCCGACUGGGUCUGAAAUCAUGAAUUCUCCAAAUUUGCGACACUUGGAAAACCCGUCCACCAAAAGACCCAGGUUGGAAAAAGAUCGUGAUGCGCCUGGAUCUGAUUCUGAGCUAGUCUUGUCUUCCGAGAUUCCUCGACCCGAUUUGUAUGCUUUGCCAUUGCCAUCGGAACCCACGACUCCUCUGAGUAACAGCUCCAGUUCGAAUCCAUUGGUAUCAAGUAGAAAGGAUAUGUAUCAACCAACCCAUGUGGAUACGGGAUCUGGAGGAGCACGGGUUCAUCUUAUGCUGGGGCCUUUAGAUCAAUCCGAUCCAAACCCCACCGAAAGCUUCAUUUCCAGUGCAUCCCAAGAACCCAGUUUCUGGAGUGAAGCUCCUCCUCUGAAUUUCCAACAAAAGUUCCUCUGGUAG